CCGGAGCAGCCAGCGAGCGCGUAGCGGCUCCGCAGCGGGGUGCGCCCAAAUCCCGGGGUGGGCGGGGCUGGUCGCCGCGGAAAGGGAGGUGCCACCGAGCACCCGACGGGGCUAACCCACCGGGAGCACCGAGCUCGCCCAGCGAAGGCAGGCCGAGGUCGCUCCCUCCAGCUCAGUGAGUCAGCACUAGGCAGAACCAGAAUCAACAGGACCUUUGCCCCUUGCCCGCUCCAAAGAUUGUCCAGCACACCCUCUGCCAAGGAUGUCUGUCCAGAACCCUGGCAACAUGGGUGCUCUGGGCCGGCGGGGAGUCAUCGCCCUCACCUAUGUGCUGGCCACCCUGGAGCUCACUUGCCUCUUCAUGCAGUUCUCCAUUAUACCAUAUCUGUCUCGGACACUGGGCCUAGAUUCCAUCACCUUUGGCUACCUGCAGACGACCUUUGGUUUGCUUCAGCUGCUGGGUGGACCUGUGUUUGGCAGGUUCGCAGACCAGCGUGGGGCUCGGGUGGCGCUCUCCCUCUCCUUCCUGGCGGCCUCAGCACUCUACCUGCUGCUGGCGGCCUCCUGCAGCCCUGCCCUGCCCGGCCCCCUCCUGCUGUUCGCUUCACGUCUGCCCGCAGCACUCAUGCACACACUUCCAGCUGCCCAGAUGGUCAUCACCGACCUGACUGGGCCCACGGAGCGGCCCAAGGCCCUGGGCCGGCUGGGCCUCUGCUUCGGUGUGGCCAUGAUCUUUGGCUCCCUGCUUGGCGGGACCCUUAGUACUGCUUAUGGGAUCCAGUGUCCUGCCAUUGUGGCUCUCAUAACCACCCUCCUAGGAGCCGGCCUCAGCGUCACCUGUAUCCCCGCUAACACCAAGGAAACCAGUGUCACUGCGCAGUCCACCCCUCAGGGUGGAGCCAAGGCCAGUGUAUUUGACCUGAAGGCCAUCACUCGCCUACUCCUGCUGCCCGAAGUGCUGCCCAUAUUCCUGGUCAAGGUGAUCUCUGGCUUUCCUUCUGGGCUCUUCAUAGUCAUGUUCUCCAUCAUCUCCAUGGACUUCUUCCAGCUGGAGGCCGCACAGGCUGGCUACCUCAUGUCCUUCUCCGGGGUCCUUCAGAUGGUGGUCCAGGGCCUGGUCAUCGGGAGACUGAGCAUCCGCUUCUCUGAAGAAGCCUUACUUCGGGCCAGUGUGGUGGCCUUCACUGUGGUGGGGCUGGGCAUGGCUCUGAUGUCCAACGUUCUUCACUUCUGUUUCCUGAUGCCCGGCCUAAUGUUCAGUCUCUGCACCCUCAACGUGGUCACCGAUAGCAUGUUGACCAAGGCCGUGUCGGCUUCAGACACCGGGACCAUGCUGGGCCUCUGUGCCUCUGUGCUUCCACUGACCCGCACUGUGGGCCCCACCCUGGGUGGCCUCCUGUACCACCACUUUGGCGUCUCUGUCUUCGGCUCCAUACAGCUUGGGGUGAACUUGCUGGUCCUCCUGGUCCUCUGGAGGAAGCCAUUGUCCAAGAAGGAAAACAAAGCCCAGUGA